AUUUUUCAAUUUCCUUUUUCUUUUUGUUUAUUCGUUUUUAUCUUCCUUUUAUUUUUUAUUGGUACUUUGUCUUUUCACCUUUUUUAUUGGUACCUUUCUCUGAUAGUUUAUUUUUCAUCUCUAUAAAUACUCGACGGUACCUUACUGCUUUUCUUAAUUCUUUUUUUUUUUUAAUAAACUAAAACUUCAAACGACACAUAUGGCUUCUUCUUCUUGUUCUUCUUCUUCUUGUUCUUCUUCUUCUGGUUCUUCUUCUUCUUCCUCUUCUUCUUCUUCUUCUUCUUCUUCUUCUUCUUCUUCUUCUUCUUCUUCUUCUUCUUCUUCUUCUUCUGGUUCUUCUGGUUCUUCUUCUGGUUCUUCUUUUUCUUGUUUUCCUUCCGUUAAUCGCCUUGGACCAAGAAGAUAUACUGAUCUUGCAUCCUACAAUUAUGAAUCUCGUCGUGCUUUGCAAGAAAGUGAAUUAGAGGCUCGUAUGGCAAGACCCAAGAACACGAAAACUGCCUAUGGUUCCAAGCAAGCUGAAUUUCUCGAAUGGUGUGCAACUCUACCCGAAGAUCCUAUGUCCCGCGAACUUGUUACUGGUGAAAAGCUCAACCUCUUCCUCCAAGAGUACGUGAUCGUGUUUCUCGUAACAAGCGAAAGGAUGGAACCAAAACGCAAAUCAAGUACGUAACAGUUCAACAGUAUGCUGCUGCCAUAGUGGAUCUUUAUCAACAACAGCGUCAAGCAGGUGCAAACUCUCAUCCAAACCCUAGGCCUUAUGUCAAAGAUCUUCUGAAAAUGGUGAAAAACAAGGAAUAUGAAGUAAGCCGAGGAAAUUAUGAAGACCGUGGUGAAGGUACGUUGGCCGAUGGAUACACAAGCAACGACCAGGUUGCCGAUGUGGUGAAAGCUUUCCUCUCAAGA